AUGGCACUCAGGGCAAAGGCAGAGGUGUGCAUGGCAGCACCCUGGCUGUCCCUGCAAAGGGCACAGGCACUAAGCACCAGAGCUGCCCGGGCCCCUAGUACGGUGCUGCCCUUUGAAGCCAUACCCCAGCGUCCAGGCAACAGGUGGCUGAGGCUGCUGCAGAUCUGGAGGGAGCAGGGUUAUGAGCACCUGCACCUGGAGGUGCACCAGACCUUCCAGGAACUGGGGCCCAUUUUCAGGCCCCGGCACUCUGCAUCCUUUGGAGGAUGGGGAGGGAGUGCAGCAUGUGCUGGUCUGUGGUUCUGCCAGUGCAGGGGAUGGUGCAGAGCAAACCCCAGCUCGAUGCAGAGAGGGCAGGACUCAGAGGCACUAAAGUACCACUUGGGAGGACCACGCAUGGUGUGCGUGAUGCUUCCAGAAGACGUAGAGAAGCUACAGCAGGUGGAUAGCCUACAUCCCCACAGGAUGAGCCUGGAGCCCUGGGUGGCCUACAGACAACAUCGUGGGCACAAAUGUGGCGUGUUCUUGCUGAAUGUGGCUGAGAGAGGAAAUUCCUCCCCACCAUUCCAUGGGGGCAUCCAUGGAGCCCCAACACACUCUGGGUGUGGGAACGGGCCUGAAUGGCGCUUCCGCAUAACGGAAGGAAGAGGAGCACACCUUUUUGGAGAGCGGCUGGGCCUGGUUGGUCACAGCCCCAGCUCUGCCAGCCUGAACUUCCUCCAUGCCCUGGAGGUCAUGUUCAAAUCCACCGUCCAGCUCAUGUUCAUGCCCAGGAGCCUGUCUCGCUGGACCAGCCCCAAGGUGUGGAAGGAGCACUUUGAGGCCUGGGACUGCAUCUUCCAGUACGGCGACAACUGUAUCCAGAAAAUCUAUCAGGAACUGGCCUUCAGCCGCCCUCAGCACUAUACAGGCAUCGUGGCGGAACUCCUGUUGAAUGCAGAACUGUCACUAGAAGCCAUCAAGGCCAACUCUAUGGAACUCACUGCAGGGAGCGUGGACACGACGGCGUUUCCCUUGCUGAUGACACUCUUUGAGCUGGCUCGGAACCCCGACGUGCAGCAGGCCCUGCGCCAGGAGAGCCUGGCCGCCGCCGCCAGCAUCAGUGAACAUCCCCAGAAGGCAACCACCGAGCUGCCCUUGCUGCGGGCGGCCCUCAAGGAGACCCUGAGGCUCUACCCUGUGGGUCUGUUUUUGGAGCGAGUGGUGAGCUCAGACUUGGUGCUUCAGAACUACCACAUCCCAGCUGGGACACUGGUGCAGGUUUUCCUCUACUCGCUGGGUCGCAAUCCGGCCUUGUUCCCGAGGCCUGAGCGCUACAAUCCCCAGCGCUGGCUAGACAUCAGGGGCCCUGGAAAGAACUUCCACAACGUGCCCUUUGGCUUUGGCAUGCGCCAGUGCCUGGGACGGCGCCUGGCAGAAACGGAGAUGCUGCUGCUGCUGCACCAUGUGCUGAAACACUUCCUGGUGGAGACACUAACCAAAGAGGAUAUAAAGAUGGUCUACAGCUUCAUACUGAGGCCCGGCACGUUCCCCCUCCUCACUUUCAGAGCGAUCAACUAA